UCGGACAAAUAAAUUCCCUUUCUUCUCUCUCUCUCACUUUCCCAGUUUCCUCUUUGCUCUGACUUCUUUCUCUAAUUUCUCUCUCUCUGGUCAUCAUCAGUGAGAGAUAGUCUAUCAAUGGAAGGUCUUCCCCCUGGAUAUCGCCCCAACGUCGGACUCUGCCUCCUCAACCAGGAUAACAUGGUUUUUGUUGCAUCGAGAUUAAAUGUUCCUGGAGCAUGGCAGAUGCCUCAGGGAAGUAUCGAAGAAGGAGAAGACCCGAGGUCUGCCGCUGUUCGAGAACUCAAGGAUGAAACUGGAGUUGUCUCUGCCGAAAUAAUCGAUGAGGUUCCGGGAUGGUUGACCUACGAAUUCCCGUCUGCUGUCAAGGCAAAAGUUAAUCGUCUUUGGCGAGGAGAAUGGCAUGGACAAGCUACAAAAUGGUUUCUGAUGCGACUCGGAGCCGAUGAGAGGGAAAUAAAUCUAGCAAAUGCCGAAACUGAUCGAGAGUUCUCAGAAUGGAAAUGGGCUUCCCCCGGGGAAGUAAUCGAGCAGCUUCUGCAGGCAGUGGAUUAUAAGAGGCCGAUGUACGAGGAGGUAAUGGCGGCGUUUAGGUCGUACUUGAAGAGUACAGGAAAAGGAGCUGCAAAAUGCUACUCGACAAAAUGGUGAAUGGCUCGAUCGAGCAAAAAAGUUGUCUGUAAAAGGGAAAUAAUAAAUAAAAGGAAUAGAGUACACGAACGACACAACAACUACCUCGCGAUUAUGGUUUUAUACAAAUUUGGUUUUCUUGUGUAUAUUUUGACGGAGAUGGGAUCGAACUCGUGGAUUAAUUGUUUACUACGAAAUGGUUGUCGACUAAGAACCGUGGGGCGUGAUAACUGGUAUUUUUGUAAUUUUUUUAUUUUGGUAUCUUCGAAGAAUAAUUAUUGAAUGUAAUAUUCUGUAUAAAAUAUGGAUGUUGAAUUUGAUA